AUGAAUACCGCAGUUAAAACAACCCCAAAGCAAAUGGAAUCAACCUAUGUUAUGAUAAAACCAGAUGGCGUAAAAAGAAGAUUAGUUGGAGAAAUUAUCUCUAGAAUAGAGAGAAAGGGAUACAACAUCUCAUACAUCCAGACAGACUUCGCCACUGAAGAAAUCCUUAGGGAGCACUACAAUGAACUUGUCUCAAAACCAUUCUUCCCAGGUAUAAUUAAGUACAUGACCAGUGGACCUGUAGUUAAGCUAAUUGUAACAGGGCACGAGGUGGUUAAAGGCAUGAGAAAGCUUCUUGGUGCCACAAACCCAAGAGAGGCUGAUCUAGGCACUAUUCGUGGUGACUUGGCCAACUGCGUUGGAAAGAACCUUUGCCAUGCAUCUGACUCUGUGGAGAAUGCCCAGAGAGAAAUAGGCAUAUGGAUAAACCAGGAACUACUUAAAAAUGAGUUCCCUAUGGAUGACUACAACUUAAUAUACGAGAAAUAA